AUGAAUAUGAAUAUUGGGUCUCACCGAGACGAAUCGGUUUCAACUAACCCGAACAGUUUACAUAUGCAGUUUUUUCAAGACGAUCCAGACCAAAUAGCUCCGGUGCACCUUGAUCCAACAUCUAUGAUUGUCAAUAGAGUUACAAUAAAUACAUUGGAAGAGCAGCUGACGAACCCCAAGAUUUUUGAAGACAACCAAGAUAACGACGAAAGUGACAAGUACUCAGAGGAUAAACUAGACCCUAUAGCCUUUUCCAUCAGAAAUAGAAAGUUUAAAGCAGAAUUGACACCAGAUGAAAGGGGAUAUAUUAUUGGCCGAUCAGUAAGCACGAGUGUUCAGGAACUAGCAAAAGAAUUAAAACUAUCUCGAAGUACUAUACAGCAUACGCUCAAGAUGUGUCGACAAAGAAAACAUAACAAAACCCUUAAUCAAAAUAGAGGUCGGAAACUAGCCAUCUCGCCUGAGGAAAUGGAAAGAGUGCUAAAGUUAAUAGAGCAAAGACCCGGAAUAAGUAAACAAGAAAUAAUAUCGUCUUUGGAUUUAAAAGUGAGUUCCCGGACUCUUGCGAGAGCUUUACAAAGGAAUGGAACAAAAAGACUAACGCUGCGAAAUCAUGGCAAGCAGUAA